AUGGGGAUUUUCGUCUUUAUAGAAGUCACCUUCGAUUUCCCCCGUCUCUACCCUUUAGGCACCUACAUGCGCAGCUGGAACAAGGCAUUCACCUGCCACGAAAACCACGCGAAGCAAACAACGUGGAUCAACGAGUAUCAGACACAAGAAUCCCGAUGUGAACUUCUUCGCCAACGGGCAAUAUAUCUGCAAGAGGAUGUAGAUGCUUUACAAAAAAUCCCUGAAAAAGAUAUUGCGCCUGAACAAGUGCAGCAGCUGCAAUCCUUGGAGGAAGAGCUUGCGCAGGUUAAGCAGCAGUACUGGAGCGGUCGACAAACACUCGGCGAUUUGCUAGUUCUGUGGCGUGCGGGUGCUGUGUUCGGAGUCGUGGGAUAUAUGGGGAUGAUACGGAUGUCAGGGGAUAAUAAUAGUAGUUUAGAGGCUGGUCAUCAAUCACAUGAAAGACUACUGAUACCAGGCUUUCAGAUCUGUCUUCAGUCUACUUGCAUGCAUUCUAAAAUCUAA